UACAGUGGGCAGUCACUCAUUUACUGGAUAAAUGGUCCUGUGUCAGAAGCACCACCCUCUCUUCUUGCACUUUAAACUCCAAUAUUUGCCUGUCCUCAAAGCCACUCACUGUGCACAAACUGUCUCUAUGUGCAUGAAUCAAAAUGUCCAGAGAUUACAGACUUCUGGUAAAAAAUGCCAAGCAGGUGGUUCUGGUCUGCAGCAGGGGAGAGAAGUACCUGACCCAACAUGGGAUGCAGGAUCUGAGUGUGAUUGAAAAUGGAAGUGUGGUAAUUGGGAGAGACGGGCUGAUUAAAGCUGUGGGACCUGCUGAAACCAUCGCGGCUCAGUUUGCAGACGCAUCCUUUGAUAAAGUGAUCAAUGCCACAGGAAUGUGCGUCCUGCCCGGGUUGGUUGACGCUCACACCCACCCUGUGUGGGCUGGUGACAGGGUGCAUGAGUUCGCCAUGAAGCUGGCAGGAGCCUCCUACAUGGACGUGCACCGGGCUGGAGGAGGCAUCCACUUCACGGUGGAGCACACGCGAGCUGCCUCCUCCUCUGAGCUUCUGGCCUCCCUGAGGGACAGGCUGGUUCGGAUGCAGCGGGCCGGCACCACCCUGGUGGAGUGUAAGAGCGGCUACGGCCUGGAGCUGCAGACCGAGCUGAAGAUGCUGCAGGUGAUCGAGGAGGCCAGGCGAACUCUGCCCAUCAACAUCUCCUCGACCUACUGCGGAGCUCACGCUGUGCCCAGAGGAAAGACUGUGGCUGAAGCCACAGAAAACAUCCUGCAGGUUCAGUUGCCUCGCCUCAGAGAACACAUGGAAGCCGGGACCCUGAAGGUGAACAACAUAGACGUGUUCUGUGAACAGGGAGUGUUUGACCUCGGCUCCACCCGCUCCAUCCUGAAGGCCGGCAAAGACCUGGGCCUCAACAUCAACUUCCACGGAGAUGAGCUUCAUCCCAUGAACUCAGCUCAGCUGGGAGCCGAGCUUGGUGCUUUAGCCAUCAGUCACCUGGAGGAGGUGACGGACCAGGGGAUCCGUGCCAUGGCCAAGGCCCAGACUGCUGCAGUGCUUCUGCCAACUACAGCUUACAUCCUGAGGCUGCCUCAGCCCAGAGCCAGGGAUAUGCUGGAGGCUGGAGUUAUCGUUGCACUUGGCAGUGACUUCAACCCCAACGCUUACUGCUGUUCCAUGCCUAUAGUUAUGCACCUGGCCUGUGUCAACAUGAGGAUGAGCAUGUCUGAGGCCCUGGCUGCUGCCACCAUUAACGCAGCCUACGCCUUGGGAUGUUCCAACACUCACGGCUCCCUGGAGGUGGACAAACAUGGAGACCUGCUGGUGCUCAGCAGCCCUCGAUGGGAGCAUCUGAUCUACCAACUGGGCGGACACCAGGAGCUCAUCGGCUACGUGGUGGUCAAGGGGAAUGUGGUGUAUGAGAACAACCAAACCAUGGGCCUGUGAGCAUGAAGGCGUGAGGAGUCACGUGUGAAGGAUGUUUAUUCAGGCUUCCUGCUUCUUCACUGUGAUGUCCAUUCCAAGGAGCUGAUCAUCGUGCAUAAUGUUAAAACAUGAUACAGACCAUGUUAAUGUAGUGUUAACAAUGAUUCUAUUAAAAUGAUAAUGUUAUUCUGGA